GCUGGGCUCAGCUGUCAGUUCCUGAAUAGAGCCGGGGGGCAGAGCACCAGUCACCAUGCCUGGGAUGGAGAUGCCUCUCAGCUGGGUUGCCCUGCUCCUCUGCCAGGUUGCCCUCGCUGCCCGCCCCCCACACAUAGUCUUCGUCCUGGCUGACGAUCUGGGCUGGCAUGAUGUGGGCUUCCACGGCUCAGAGAUCCGGACCCCGAACCUGGACCGUCUGUGUGCCCAAGGCGUGGAGCUGGGGUCUUACUACGUGCAGCCGCUGUGCACCCCCUCCCGCAGCCAGCUCCUCAGCGGCAGGUACCAGAUUCACACAGGACUGCAGCAUGAGAUCAUAUGGCCUUGUCAGCCCCAUUGUCUACCUCUUGACGAAAAGCUUCUACCUCAGUUACUGAAGGAUGCGGGGUAUACCACACACAUGGUGGGAAAAUGGCACCUGGGUAUAUAUAAGAAGGACUGCCUUCCAACCCGUAGAGGAUUCGACACUUACUUUGGAUAUCUUAUGGGCGGCGAGGAUUAUUUUACCCAUGAUAGAUGUUAUGAAAUCAAAGGUGUGAAUAAAACGGUGUGUGCCCUUGAUUUCCGAGAUGGUGAAGAAGCAGCCAAAGGAUAUGAUCAGAAAUACUCCACUCAUGUAUUCACAGAGAGAGCCGUGGAUCUCAUCGCUAACCACAAGCCUGAGACGCCGCUGUUCCUUUACCUGCCCUAUCAGGCGGUCCACUCGCCUCUUCAGGUUCCAGAAAAAUAUUUAGAACCUUACAGCUUCAUCCAGGAUCAGAACAGGCGUCAUUAUGCCGGGAUGAUGUCCGCCCUGGAUGAGGCGGUAGGAAAUGUCACCGCAGCUUUGAAGCAAUAUGGACUCUGGGACAACACGGUUUUUAUAUUCUCUACAGAUAAUGGUGGGCAGACAUUAUCUGGUGGCAAUAACUGGCCUUUACGUGGAAGAAAAUGGACCCUUUGGGAAGGGGGCGUACGAGGAGUUGGCUUUGUCACAAGCCCUUUAUUAAAACAGACAGGAGUCACUAGUAAAGAAUUGAUCCAUAUUUCAGACUGGCUGCCAACAUUAGUGCAUCUGUCUGGAGGAAUCAUUAAUGGCACCAAGCCCUUGGAUGGAUUCAACGUGUGGAAAACUAUCAGUGAAGGAAGCCCAUCCCCCAGAGUGGAGCUGCUACAUAACAUAGACCCUUUCUUUGAGGAUAACUUCCCGUGCUCCACAAAUAAUGAGACGAAAAAAACCUUGUCCAACGGCAUUGUUCCUGAAUGGGGAAAUUCAUUGUUCAACGUAUCAAUUCAUGCGGCAAUUCGACACGGGAAAUGGAAGCUACUGACUGGAAAUCCAGGUUGUGAUCACUGGUUUCCUCCACCAAAUUCUUCAGAUAUUCGGGCUUUCCCAUCGCUGGAGUCUUCAACAAAGAAUCUAUGGUUAUUUGAUAUUGUUCAUGAUCCUGAAGAGAAGCAGGAUUUGUCAGACAAAUAUCCUAAAGUGGUGAAGAAGCUUCUUUCGCGUCUGGAAUACUACAGCAAUCAUUCUGUUCCUGUCUAUUACCCAGAUGAUGAUCCCAGAUGUGACCCUGGAGCUUCCGGUGUCUGGGGCCCCUGGGAAUAAUGUUUUGUAUGUGGAUGAGAUACACCUAUGAUAAAAUCACCAGGACUUUAAAUUACUUUUUCCUUUAUGAGAAUAAACGCAGAGUUCAUACUUGUCAGAAUAAAAUGAAUUGUUACAAUGUCCAUCGUCCGAAUGAUAAAAAUGAGUAUCCCAGGAAGCAAAUCUUUUAGGCGAUACCUACUGUACUCAGUGAAUGCUUCCUGUACAUGAAAUCUAGAUUUGGUUCCACCUCUCCUUGCAGUAUAUGAGCCAAUGAAAGAGAGCUGGUGGCAGUGAUCGCCAAUGGUAGGGGGGGUGAUUAAGGUCCUAGGGUUGGGUGUCAAUAUCUAGUUUUCCUUAUAGGUUUGUCCUGUUGACAAUUGAUUAUUUUUAUACAUUUUCUGCCUGAUUUCGAGUCUUAGUGUUUUGCACAUUUAGGGUACAGAACAGUCUUUGCUUUACCUCACAAGCUUUAUUUUGUAAUAUUUGUAAUGAAAAUGAUGAAGAUUUAUUUUCAAGAUUCAACGAAUUAAUAAAAGACAAAAAUAACAUUUGUAUAUGUUGAUU